AUGACGCUGGCUGACGAGUUCCGGUCGCGAAACUUCAGUAUUUACGGUCAAUGGACCGGUGUUCUGGGAAUCAUUCUAUGCUUGGCGCUGGGAAUCGCCAACAUUUUCACCUUCCAUGUUGUUCGGAUCAUCUUUGCUGUCCUCGCCAUCGCCUCCGCUUUGGUAAUCCUCUUCAUUGAAGUCCCCUGGCUCCUCCGCAUCUGUCCCACCUCUGGCGCAUUCGAUGGCUUCAUCCGCCGCUUCACGACCAACUGGAUGCGAGCCGCCAUGUACACCGCUCUCAGCGCUAUUCAAUGGGCCAGUCUCUGCACUGGAGCUUCCAGUUUGAUUGCUGCCGCCGUGGUCCUUAUAAUUGCCGCUCUCUUCUAUGCUUUGGCUGGUCUGAAGAAACAGGAUUUCGUGAGCAGCAAGACUCUGGGUGGCCAGAGUGUUGUACAGAUGAUCGUUUAA